AGUUGAAAAAAUUUCCUCGGGUAAGCGGCAUAUUAUAGUGCAUGCUGGAUCAGAGCAAGGAUUUGUGCCAAAUGCUUUGCUUGUUUUUAGCACAAAAUCCAAAGCAGCUGACUAUCAUGAUGACAUGAACAGUUCAAAUUUUUUAAAGUGGCUACGAGAAAUGUUAAUCCCAAAUUUGUCUGAGCCCAGUAUAAUUGUUAUGGACAAUGCCAGUUACCAUGUAACACAAAUAAAUAAGCCUCCAACCAUGCACAGUUUAAAGGCUGACAUUCAAAAAUGGCUAAGGGAAAAUAAUAUCCCAUAUGAAGAGUGUUUCAAAAAGGAAGAAUUGAUGUGCCUUGUCGAGGAAAAUAAAAUUGGUCCCAUAUAUGCAGCAGAGGAGUUAUUGAAGCAGCAUGGGCAUGAGGUCCUUAAAUUGCCUCCAUACCAUUGCGAUCUAAACGCUAUUGAGUUGAUAUGGAGCCUCACAAAGCGAAAAAUAGCCAGCAGAAAUGUGGGGCUACCGGGUUCAGAUACGGAAAACUUGAUCCGGGAAUGUUUUGCAAUGAUUACCCCGGAAGAUUGGAAAAAAUGUACAGACCAUGUAAUAAAUGUGGAACGAAAAUACAAGUCUAAGGACAACAUUACAGACACUGAACUAGCUCCAUUCAUAAUAGAAGUUCGGGAAAGUGACAAUGACAGUGACAGUUCUCUGUCAGGCAUUGAAUUUCUUGAAUCCGAUUUUGAUUAUGAAUCUUAAAUAAAUAGGCACCUUCUUUAUAAACUAACAAUA